AGCAGCUGUUGUCAGUUCAUUCGCGAGAGUCGUUUAUAACGGUUGUGUGAUUUAUGUGCCGCAAAAUCGAUUUAAUUGUGAAACGAAAAAAUAACAAAAGUACUAAAGAAAGCUAUAGAACACGGGGGUUAUUGCAUAUCUAUUAAAUAAGCAAAAAAAUAGUAUUUAUGAAUUGACAAAGAAAAUUGGGAGCGAGUGCCGGCAUUUGGUAUGCAGACAAAUAAUAUUUGAAGUGAUAAAUUAUAAUUACAUACUAUACAUAUGUACAUAAGUAUAUACUAGAAUUAGAAGCACUUGACUCAGCCGUUUAAUGAUUAUUUGAUGGCCAAAGUAGUUUGGUAGCUAGGUCAUUCGGUGUGUGAAACUUGGAUUGUUGUGACUCUCAUGAGAACGUGUUGAGUAUUUAACCGAGUGCCGUGCCAACAAAUAUAUGUAUAUAUAUAUACAUACACCUUCAUAUAACUGUGCACUCAUUUAUACGCUAACGGCUAAAUAUCAAGGAUAGAAUAACAAAAAGUGAGACGGGAAUUGCCAAAGUCAGCUGCGCAGUUGUAACUGAUAAGAGGUGCCAGACCGAAGUACAUACAAGCCUCGACGAGUGGAGCAAAGGAAACAGCUGACUGAUUCAUACACGAAGAUAUAGGUAUUAAAAUAAAAGGAUCCAUUGCAAAACGUUGCCGAACUACUUAAACUUACUUAUAUGAAAAUAUUUUAGAUUGAACAAAAUGCAGAUAUUGUUGGAGUUGAAUUUUAAGCAACGCAACUCCACCCGUCUGGUCAUACUUAUUUUUGGCUUAUUGGCAUUCAUAGCAUUUAAAGACAGUACUAAGGGAUGCCUGUUUUUAGGCGCUGCAUUGGCUUUAAUGUUUAGGAACCCGACGUAUGUGUACGCUUUCGGGACUACAGUUAAGCGUGAUAUUAUAGCUGGAUAUCGUUUCCUUAGAAUGAACCUCUUUAUUAUGCUCAUGGAACGAAAACAAUGGACAAUAGCACGCAUAUUUCAAGAACGUGUGAAGAAGCAACCGAAAAAACCAUGCUUUAUAAUGGACGAUCGGUCGCUUAGUUUUCAGUGGAUAGAGAACUAUACAAACAAAGUAGGUGCAUAUUUCAAAGCACAAGGUUUGAAACAUGGUGAUUGUGUAGCUCUAAUCAUGGAGACCAGGCCCGAGUAUGUAUGCUUGUGGCUUGGUCUCUCCAAGAUCGGUGUCGUAACAGCUUUAAUUAAUUCGAAUCUACGACGCGAUACCCUACUGCAUUCCAUUAAAGUGGCAAAAGCCAACAUAAUAAUUGUUGGUACAGAGCUCAGCAAGGCUUUGGAGGAAAUUUACGAUGAGGUGGAUAUCAAAACCUUGCCGAUUUACCAAUUUAGCGAUGAAGAACAACGGGAUAACGAUAAUUUUAAGCUUUUUAAAGGUGCAGUUGAUCUCACCGCCGCCCUAGAACUACAGCCAAUAGAGGAUCUAAGCGCGGACAUUGCAGCUUGUAGUACAAAGGACAAAUUAUUAUUCGUCUACACUUCUGGCACUACGGGAUUACCAAAGGCUGCUGUAAUAAAUAACUUAAGGUACUUAUUUAUGGCUAGCGGAAUCCACCACAUGUUGUCUCUUAACGCCGGCGAUAUUAUUUAUACAGCGUUACCACUGUAUCACACGGCUGGAGGUAUAGUCGGUGUGGGAAAUGCGCUGAUUCAUGGUUGUACCAUUGUAAUGCGAAAAAAGUUUUCAGCAUCAAAUUUCUGGAAGGAUUGCAUCAAAUACAACUGCACUGUAGCCCAAUAUAUUGGUGAAUUAUGUCGCUAUCUGUUAUCCACAUCACCAAAGCCAGAAGAUACACAACACCGACUACGCUUGAUGUACGGCAACGGGUUGCGUCCACAAAUUUGGUCACAAUUCGUAUCAAGAUUUAAUAUUCCGAAUAUUGGAGAGGUCUACGGCUCAACAGAGGGAAAUUCCAAUCUCGCCAAUGUCGCCAAUCAAGUGGGUGCUGUGGGUUUCGUACCAUUAAUUGCGCGUUACUUUUAUCCAGUGCAAAUCAUUAAAUGUGACGAAGAAACUGGCGAACCCAUUCGCAAUGCGAAUGGGUAUUGCCAAAGAUGUUCACCGGGAGAGACAGGUUUGCUCGUAGGUAAAGUGAAUCCUAAACGAGCGGUAACUGCAUUCAAUGGGUAUGCCGACAGAGAAGCAUCCGAAAAGAAGUUACUGCGAAAUGUUUUCAGAUCAGAAGAUAUCUUCUUCAAUUCUGGCGAUAUGGUGGUUGUGGACAUACUCGGUUAUUUCUACUUCAAAGAUCGCACUGGUGAUACAUUCCGUUGGCGUGGCGAAAAUGUCGCCACACAAGAAGUGGAAGCGAACAUUACGAACGUGAUUGGUCUAAAAGAUUGUGUUGUGUAUGGGGUGGAUAUUCCCUACGUAGAAGGCAAAGCUGGUAUGGCAGCUAUAGUUGAUCCCGAUCGCAAAGUGGACAUGCAACAUCUAUCAGCUGGCGUUCGGGGAAGUUUGCCAGCCUAUGCGCGACCGCUUUUUAUUAGAUUAAUGAACGAUAUACCACGCACCGCUACUUUUAAACUGAAAAAAAUAGAGCUUUCCAGGGAAGCAUUCGAUAUUCGUCGAAUCAAAGAUCCAAUAUAUUACUUAAACAAGGAUGGCAUAUAUCGCUUCUUGUCUGAGGAACAGUUUGAAGAUAUUUUGCAGGGCAAAGCCGGACUGUAACAUGACAGAACAGAAGCGAUUAAUCUUUCCAUAUUAUUGUAUAUACAUUCAUAUUUUAUUUUUAAAAAAUCAGGUUACUGUGUAUAUAUAUAGUGAAUGAAAUAGCUUUGUUGAACAAUUUAGGACGUGAUGCAAGAAGAACCUUUAAAUGUAUGUAGACUGUAUUUUUAGAUAAUUCCAUGACUUAGGCCGUUCUCUUCUUAAACACAAUAAUAUUUUAGGAUCUUUAAAUAAUGGUAUCUUUUUUACUAAUAGUAAGCCAAAAGUAUCGUCAAUAGAUUUUAAAAUUACUUCGACGAAUCACGAACAAAUAGGUUCAUUUUAGGUGGUAUUACAUACAGCAUAAGGGAGAUUCUCUUUCUCUUACAAAAAAUUUGUGAAUUGUUAUGCAAUAGCUGAAAAUAAUUGCAACCCUAUGGCAUAUAGACACACAUAUGUAUACUUUUCGCUGGAAUUUAUGUUUCUGCUAUAUGGUGUUUUCGUACUCUUACAUACUUUGGUCAUAGGAGUUUUGCACUUCAUUUAAUCGUGCGUUCUUACAAGAGCAAGAGAAUCUCCCCUUUUAUGCAGUUAGGUAAAGUUUUAUUUUCGCUUCAUUGCUAUUCAUUACUCAAAAAGGUUGGUUUUGAUUUAAGAAUGCAAUGUUAUAAAAUUGAAAUAUGCUAAUGUCAAUUUCCUCUUUGAAGUCGUCGUGUGCAUGAUAAUUAGCUGCGAAUAAUUUUAUAAAGUUACCUUCAAAUUAAUUUUACCAAUUUUAGUAAAAGUUUACAAUACAAUAAUAAUAUGAAACCUAAGAAAAGUUUGACACAAUUAAUAAUUAUCAUUCACCACUACAGACCUCUAACAUAUCGUGAUAUAUACAUGUACAUACAUUAAAUAUAUGAAUACAAAUUUGAUACUUUAA